AUGCCGAAGCGCUCGUGCCCCUUCGGGGACGCGGCCCCGCUCCAGCUGAAGACCCGCGUUGGGCUGCGCGAGCUGAGCCGCGGCGUGCGAGGCGAGGAGUACCGGCGGGAGGUCUUCGAGAGGACGCGGCGGCUGCUCUUCAGGGGCGCCCAGGCGUACAUGGAGGGCGCCUGGCCCGCCGGCGCCCCGGGCACCUGCGCUGUCAGCCGCUCGCCCGAGCCGGGCGGAGAGGCCCGGGACACCCUGCCGGGGCGCUGCUGGAGCGGGCAGCUGCUCAUCGGCCACGACGGGAAGCUGCUGAGGCGCUCGGCCGCCAUGGAAAAGGUUCCACCAGUGGGAGUAUCCAAAGCCUGUUCCUCGUGUGUGAGAACGGCCGAUGUUAAGGAAGCGUGUACACAGUGUGACCGGUUCGUGUGCCAGAACUGCAGCAGGCUCUGCAGCUCCUGUAACGCAGUUACCUGCUCGUUGUGCUCUGUUGUUGAUUAUGGUGAUGUUGGUGAACAAGUUCUCUGCAAUGGUUGUUCAAUAUUUCAAGUCUGAAGCUUGAUGAAAUCCUCCUUAUGGCUAAGAUGUCCACAGAUUUCAUGGUCUCCUUGGUGCCUCGUCAAUUAAUAGCCUGUGAAUUAAUUAUGCAAUUUCUGUGUUUUAUAUCUUUAUACGUACUUUUUAAUAUUGUAGCUAAAUAAACUUUUAUAUUUUGAGCAUUUAUAGAUUAUUUUGAGUUAACUUUCACAAACCUUUUUCUAUAAUAACUUUGAAUUGCCCGUUAAGCAGGAGCUUUAUUCAACAGUCAAGUGUUAAAGAUGGGUUUUACUGGAUCAUUAUUGCAAUAUCUCAGAAUUAAAAAGUAAUGUGUUUGCAUAACUUUGUAUUUUUCUGAGCAUGUCCUCAAAAAUAGUUCAUGAAGUGGUCUGAAAAAGGGUUUUGCUCAAAUAUAGCUUUCCAGAAACUUGCCUAGUCUUCACUGUCCCUUCAGAUUUUAAUGCAGAGACCAGUUUGCUUAGGAUUUCUGUCCUGUAGGAACAGGAACAAGAUCA